UCCACCUCCUCCCAGCCUCACGCCCCCAGCACAGGCACAGUUUUUUGUCUUUUUUUUUUUUCAUUUAGCCCCAACACCGUCGUUGUAGUUUAACUUGAAGCCUUCAGCAGUUUGGGGAGUGUUAAAUCUUCCAACAAUGGGGGACAUCGAGGCGCCCGACUCCAGCCAGCCGCGCCAGUCCGUCCUGAUGUCGGUUCUUCCAAGCAAAGAGUUUGCUACUUCAAGGAAAGGAAUGCUGCUGAUUGCUGAAGGGGCACUUUCCUUCAUAUCCUUUGUGUGUUUUGCUGCAUCAGCAGCAGCAGCCUUUGUGACAGUCCCCCUGCUGGCAUUCCUGGCUUCUGUCUUCUUCUUGUUUGCCUACUCUACCAAAUUCAAUGAGAGGUUCAAGGGCUUCUGCUUUCCUCUGAUGGACUUCAUUAGGUGUGUGACAUCCUCCAUUAUCUUUUUCAUCAUCUCCAUAAUGGCAGUGUCCAAAUAUCCAGAUGGUUCCUCUAAAGCUGCAGGGAUCUUUGGGUUUAUCGCCACUGUUGUUUUCGCUUUAGACUUUUAUGUCAUUUUCAAUGAGCUUGCUGGAUUUCUGAAGCAAAGAGGGGAGUCAAAUGAAGAGCCUGCAGGACAGAGAGAUGACUUCUCAGAUUCAGACUCAGAUUGAAGCUCAUAAGCAGAUGUGUUCAAAAGAACGUGACCACUGUGCUGAGAAGCCACUAUGAAGGCCAGCAGGAAUUUCAUCAUUUCACAAUGUUUCAUUGGUACAUGAAAAGCAUAAAUCCUGACAGGAUUGUAGGAGCUGGUUACCAGUAAUAUGCUUUUAUCUGAAGUUGUGGGUCUGGAAACCAUUUCUUUGUAACACAUUUCUCACAGUGCUGUAAACUGGUGUUGCAUUUCUAAACUUAUUAUCUCUGCAUUUGGUUUACAAAAUAAUGCAAGUAGUGACCUGUUCUAUUUUAUUCACAAACCUGUACUUUGCUACUAAUCCAUGCUUGCUUUAGGGAAGCAUUCGAUUCAUUCACACCGUCCAAUGCCUUAUAAAGCCGUAAAAUGGUGCUGUGUUGAGUUUCUGAAACUAUUUCUACGGUUAAAACACAAGAAGGAUACACCACAAACAUUGAUUUUUGGGAAAUUUUUUGCUUUGAGAUGCAGAAGUGUGCAUAUGUUCUGAGCCAAUCCUGAUUUUUCUUUAUGUUUUGCUUUGUGCGGUGGAGACUUUGCAGCAAUUUGGUAAACCUGGUUAAUAUUUUUGCAGUAAAAUCUAAAAGAGAAAGACUGGCGGGAAAAAAAUCAUUGCUACAGGGUUAACAAAACCCUUUAUGUUUGGUUGGCUGGUGACAACUAUCAUAUUGUGCAUGUACGGUAGUUUUUUUCCUAUUAUUUGAGUUCAACAUGAGCCUGUUUUUUGUCAUGUCAAUAUUUGUUUGCAUGUUCCUAAUUCGUUAUUUUCCUAAUUAUAUAAAGUACAUCCGACUUUAUAUAAUUCAUUCCUAAUUCGUUAUUUUUUUAUGUAAUCAGAAGAAAGUUGCUCCUAGGAAAGAUGUCCUGCCUCUAUAAAAAAAUAUUCACCCAUACCCUUUGGAUUGCUUUUGCAAAUCAAACAUGAUCAACAAAUUUUGAUUUUCAAAAGAGAUAUGUACGAAAAAAACAAUUUAAUGUCAAAAACUAAUUAUUACAAAAAUAAUAAUUAAAUAAAUAUAUUUAGGAUAAAACAAGUGGUUUCAUAAAUACUUACUCCCUUUAAAGUGACUGACCUAAUUCAGCAAAUAGGAGAGACUCUGCCUACAACAAUUGUUGCUCGGGUUCUUCGCCAGUCAGAGUUUUAAGGGAGAAUGGCAAUGAGAAAGCCACUUUUGAAGAAAACGCCUAACAAAGCUCAACUAGAGUUCGCCAAAAGGCAAACAGGAGACUCCAUGCUCAAGUGGAAAAAUGUUCUUUGGUUAUUUUGGUCAUCAGACAAGAUUGAAGGGGGUGAAUAAUCAUGAAAUUAUUUCAUGUUGAAUGUUUUUUACUCUAAUUAUUGUUAUUUUGUAUAACUAAAUUUUCAAUUUGACAUUAACGGCCUUUAUUGUAACAAAAUGUUGCCAAAAAGCAACAUUUUGUUGAUCAUGAGUGAUCUGUGAAAGCAUUAGAAAUGGUAAAGCAUCCAAGGGGGUGAAUACAUUUCAUGGGCACUGUGUGUACAGUACAUGUGUACAUACACACAGCGGAUCAGCUGAUCCAGUUUCAGCUAAUCUGCUACUUCUGCCUUUUAGAGCCGGAAAGGCAGAAGUUGCAGAUAAGCUGAAAUAUCACCCAUGUGAGUAAUCAAGUUUCUUAGACAUGUUUUGUUUUUUGUACACUUUGUUAAAAUGUCUCUCUGUGUCCGAUUCUAAAGUCUGUAGAGCAACCAUUGAGAAAACAGUGAGAUACACUAGAGUGCCUUAGUGACUGUUUUGUGUGAUAUAAACUGCACUACAACCUUGUUCCAGCUCUGAUGAUGGAAAAUAUGUUGCUGAUUUUGUUUGUCUGUCCGUUUGUAUUUUAUACUGAUUUAUGCUUGAAAGAUAUUGGAAGAUUUCUACCAAACUUGCUUUUAACAGCAGUUUUUUUUCAUGACAAGAUUAUAGAUAUUAAAAGCUUUUAUUGAAUUUCAACUGAUUUCUGUACUCUUAAGAUGAGAGAAAAUGACUUUUUUCAGUAAUAGCAUAGUUUUAUUGCUUUCACAAACUGUUGAAUAUCAACUCUUUUGUCUGUAAUGUUGUUUUUAGGCAAACUCUUCUGAAUAAAAGGUUCUCUUUCAA